AGCCUAUAUCGUGAAUACGUUUUAAAGAAUAGAAGAAGCAACUUUUUCCAGUAUCAGGAAGCCUCUCUUUCCUAUUAAAAAACCGAAGAGUUCUCUGAGAAGAAGCAAGAAAACGCAAGCAUUGGCAAUCAAGUAUUGAAUAGGACUUACUAUAGAUUCUUGUAAAACCAGGGAGCUAUCACAAAAAUGAUUUAUUCUAUUUUUUUGUGUUUAUUCGUCCUGGUCGCAAUUACCAUUCCAGUUGAGUCGAAUUGUGGUUGCCGCAUCCCAUUUAAAGCAAUUGGAUGUCGAAAGGACAAACGUCAUGACCGAGCUUUGCCAAAGAUGUUGAUCAACGAGAGAGAUAGAUCCAGUAACUACUACAAUGGUUUCAAUAUUGAUUGGUAUAACUGGGAUGACUAUUUACCUGCUUUUACAUGUCGCUGUGCUGAGGCUGCCAUGAAGAAAGGAUAUAAAUAUUUUGGACUGCAGUUCUGGGGAGAAUGCUGGAGUGGUCCAUCACCAGCAGCGGACACUGAAUACGAUAAACAUGGCGUGGGAAAGGAAUGCUUUGGCUUUGGAUAUGAGAAGUGCACCAAUAAUGAUAAAAAUUGCGUUGGAAAAAAUAAUCAUAACUUUAUCUAUGAAAUAGAACCUUUUAAAUGCCCGGUUAAAUUUGAGCGAUUGGGUUGCUACAGGGAUAGAGGGGAUGUUCCUCCAUUACGUCACUACAUUCUCACCGAUCGGCAAAGAGGGCUUAAGGUGUCCAGUGGUAGGGAUAUCGACUGGUAUCAUUAUGAUACUUACCUACCAGAAUUCGCAUGUCGCUGUGCGAUGAAGACAGUUGAAAGAGGAUGGAACACCUUUGGUUUGCAGUAUUACGGUGAAUGUUGGUCGGGCGAAAAUGGUGAUGUUGCAUAUUAUAAAGAAGGAAGCACUUCAACAUGUGUAAACAAAUGUUUUAAACCAUGUCAGAAUUAUGAUGCCCUCUGUAUCGGUAAGGCAUUCACAAACUUCGUCUACCGUGUCACAACAGAUGUCUGUGAGAUUCCUUAUAAAGCAGUUGGCUGUUACAGCGAGCCAGCGGCUGAGCGAGCUCUUACUGAGCUUAUUCUUGAUGACGUUGAUCCAACAAGCUCAACAUUCAUGGGGAUUGUCUCGGCAGACUUUAAGGACUGGAAUGAAUACGUUAAGGGUUUGAUAUGUCGCUGUGCAAGGAAAAUCAAGGAAAAAGGAUACAGGACUUUCGGAAUAAACAACAAAGGUAAAUGUUACAGCAGCGCCUACGCUGACAGUCAUUACGAUAUGCAUGGUGUAAGUAACCAAUGUUAUAACGACACUACAACACCCUGUUUAACACCCAAUUGCGUUGGCGGUGAGAAUACAAACUACGUUUACCAGCUUCAAGAAAGCAACAUCGUUUAAAGAAAUUGGCGGUCCAACAGAUCUUUUGACGGUGAGAUGAAGAUACGAUAUAUUUAUUAGCUUUAUGAUAGCAUAUAUAAUUAUAGUAUAUAGAGCAGUAAAAAUAGUAUUAUAAUCUAAUUAAGGUGAUUAUAGUGAUUUCCAAACAUAUUAAGAAUCUUCAUGAUUAAAAUUGUUGCAUGCAUGGGAAACGAUUUGGGUGAAAUUGAUGUUAUAGAUAAUCAACGUAAUUGAUGUAAUCGUAUAAAAAUAAAUAUAAGAGUAAAUUGUAGUGGAUGGUAUUAUCUGAAAGUACAGUAUAUAAGUCGAAGUCUGAGUGUGAUUAUUUCUAUUUUCGUGCCUGUCUGUGAGAGGCUGGUAAUACAGUGUAGCUGUGCGACUAAUGAUUCAUGUAUAGCUAUAUACACACAUGAAAUGCCGGCGAAAAUAUAAACUGAUCACUGGUGUCUUCUUCACGUGCACUGUGAAAUAAAAAUCAAAAAGGUCAUAAAUUUUAAAAAAGAAAAGUUGUAGGUAACCGCGAUCGAACGA